AUUCAACUUUGUUCUGGGGGCAUCUCUUUGUAGAGAACCACGUUAACUUGCAUCCCCACCACCACGCACGCCUGUCCACUUCCCAUAAUGUUCCCGGCCCGACCACGGCGAAACAUAUACUAAGGUACGAGGCACUCAGCUCCGACGACAAAAUGGCUUCUCCGAUGACAAAUGUUCUCGAAAAUUUCGAGAUUUCACCUCCAAUUGCCUCAGUUCAGGCCACCACUCUGCCACUCACAUUUCUUGAUAUUCCGUGGCUGCUUUUCUCUCCCACCCAGCCUCUCUUCUUCUACGAUUUCCCCCACUCUAACUCGCAUUUCAGAGACUCCAUUCUUCCCGGCUUGAAAACCUCCCUCUCCCUCGCCCUGCAGUAUUAUUUCCCCCUCGCCGGAAACCUCGUUACGCCGCCCAGGCCGGCCAGGCCUUACCUCUCCUGCAGCGGCGGGGAUUUUGUUGUGUUGACCGUUGCCGAGUCGGCCGGUGACUUCCAACGCCUCUCCGGCCACCACCAGAGGGAUGCCGUAGAUUUCCGCCGCCUUGUCCCGGAGUUUCCGGCGGCGGCUCAUUCCUCGCCGCUCUUGGCUGUUCAGAUUACACUUUUUGCCCAAAAUGGGAUUUCGAUUGGGUUCUCGUUGCGCAACGUGGCGUCCGAUGAGAGGACGUUCGACCAAUUCUUGAAAACUUGGGCGGCCAUUUUCAAGGUGGGAAUAGAGCUCCACAAGCCGGUCCUGAGCAAGAGCGUGCCCAUCUAUGACAGGUCGGUAAUUCAAGACUCCGGCGGGGUUUAUCCUAUCCUCCUGGAAGAAUGGUGGCGUUUCAGAGAUUCACACUCUUUGACCGGGCCGGGCCCGGACGACCCGAUGGUUCGGGCCACGUUUACAAUGGGUCGCCCGGAAAUGGAGAUGAUCAAAUCAUGGAUCCUGAUCCGGUCCAAGAAACUGUUCGGGUCAACCCACUUGCUCCUCUCACCUUACGUUCUAACCUGUGCAUAUUUAUGGGUCUGUUUGAUGAAAACAACCGGGUCAAAUAACCACAAACCCAUUCAACCCACGGAGCUCCGUUACUUCGGAUUCAUAGCCGGUGGGCUAACCCGACUGGAUUACCCGGUACCAAGGAGUUACGUCGGCAACUGCGUCGCAUUCGGCCGAGCAACGGCGAGGCAAAACGAGCUGACCGGAGAAAACGGAGUCGUGUUCGCCGCAAAAGCAAUAGGGGACACAAUCAAGAAACUGGACGAGGAUGUUUUGGGCGGGGCGGAAAAUUGGAUAUCGGAUUGGAGCGUGUUCUCCGGGCCGGGCCCCCACGUAAUGGUGACCGGGUCCCCAAAAGUGGACCUAUACGGGCUUGACUUCGGGUGGGGCAGACCCAAGAAGAUAGAAGAAAUCUCAAUUGAUAAAACACAUGCAGUGUCCCUGUGUGAAAGCAGAGACAUUAUCGGUGGCAUCGAGAUUGGGUUGAGUCUCCCAAAGCCUAAAAUGGAUGCUUUUGCUUCUCUCUUCGAUGAAGGUCUCAAAAGUUUAUUGUGAAUUCAAAUUUGCAUAUUUUUCUUUUGGGAAAUUUUUAGCCAUUUUGGUACCAUGAAAAUUUGUCAUCCUUCUUGUUGCUGUUGAUGUUGAGCAUAUAAUAUAUAAGAUAAAUGUGCAAUUCAACUAUCAAUUUAAAAUUUUAGUUGAAGUG